AUGUCUGAUGAAACGUUUUUCCCGAUUAAGGACCUCAAGCCGCUAAUGAGCAACCUCUGCAUACAGUGCCUUAUCGUGAAGUUUGUAGAGGACCCUCCAGACCAUAUAAACAACAUAGUAAAAUACCACUACCUAGUGGCAGACAUAAGUGGCUCAGUCAUAUUAUGCAUUCCCCGCACACUCAUAGAAGAGGAACUCACCAGAAAGAAUGUAGACUUGUUUAAUGAUGACUUGGACGAUGCGGUGGAGUGGUACAGCUCCACUCCUCUCAAUUUGAACCAUCAUGUGGGUAGCGGAACGUCGAGUGAACACACAAGAUUCCUCCAUGGCAUGGGGAAAAAGCCUCUCAGCGGGACGAACACAACAAACGCGUCCAAUUUGACAGGUCCAUCAAACUUGACCAAAAUUAACAGCCCCUCCAAUUGCAAGUACUUUUUCAGGGUGGGGGAUAUCCUCAUCAUCUACAGGGGCGUAACGACGUGGUCCAUGGGGAAAAUGGUUGUCAUGCCCAGCACACGGACCAAAAAGGGAGACCCACACGAAGUCAGAGGGUCCAUUCAGAGAGUAGGCUUCUUCAACAUGGAGGUGAAUCUCGAACCGAACGUCAGCAAUUUGAUAACUUCGACGACGGAGAAGAAGUACCAGGCUGGGGUGGAGGGUCCGGGUCAGGCAGUUCGGAGUAUCCCCCCAGGGAGGAAUACAGAUGGUUGGAGGCAGGCGGCCGGAGUGAAGGGUAGCGGGCAAUCGGAGUUUCAGCGCGACGGGAAGGAGAGCAAAUAUGACAUUCUUCCCCUUCUGCGCGGCGAGGGCAUGUGGUAG